AUGCAAAGUUCGUGGCCUUUUGCCAUUUGGGGAAUCGACCUGAUCAGACAGUUGCCCAAAGACAAAGGCGGAGUGCAGUACACAGUGGUUGCAGUUGAUUACUUUACCAAGUGGACGGAGGCCGAGCCAUUGUCAACCAUCACGUCCAAAAAAGUGCAGGACUUCAUUGUGAAAAACAUAAUUUGUCGGUUCAGAUUACCAUACAAGAUAGUAUUGGACAAUGGCAAACAAUUUGACAGUCAAUCCUUCACUGAUUUCUGUGCGAACCAUGGAUUCAUAAAAAAUUUCUCCGCGGUGGCGCAUCCCCAAGCGAAUGGUCAAGUUGAAGCAGUCAACAAGACAUUGAAGGACACCCUAAAGAAGAAACUUGAAGAUACUAAAGGAAAUUGGUCGGAGGAACUUCCUAAAUUUCUAUGGUCAUAUCGCACAACUGAGAAAACAGCAACUGGACAGACUCCAUUUGCCAUGACAUAUGGAUAUGAAGCUAUGCUGCCCGUAGAACUCGAACCACCGUUCCACAGAAGAUUAACAUAUAGCCAAGAGGCCAAUCAUAAGCAACGUGUGCCUCAGGAUUACUCGUCCUAUUACCAUAACGAGUAUGAGGUUUAUUCCCUCUUUUCUUAG